ACUUAAAACUGAAAUAUUAGAUUGGCUUCGAUCAGAUGUUGAUGAUAUUGAUAUGGGUUCAACAACAACAACAUUUGCUUGUGCAUCAACUUACUGGAACUCGAAAAAUAUGCUUGCUCAUUUGUGUGUUGAAAAUUACUUACAGUACAAUAAAAUGAAAGCCUAUGGACCAACUUUCUUCGACCCGACCAGCCCAUUGAGAUCUCUGUUGGAGAUCAUGAAAUAA